ACUUCAGUAAGUUCAAUCGGAUCAGGUUCAAGACAUUACAGAAGAUCUCCUAGUUCAAUAGUCUCAUCAGACUCAGAUAUACGGUUUACCAGAAAAAAGCUGACAUCCCAAUACAAAUGCGGAUGUUGUAUAAUUGCCAUAUUUCUUCUAUUUCUCCUUCUAGCAGCAGUAGGCGUUUAUUUAGGAUAUACAUUUUUUCUUCCUCAAAACCCAGACGAGCAGAUAUUCAGAGCGACGUUUAGGGUGGUAGAAGGAGAUACCUUUAGUUCAGAAUUAGCAGAUCCUAGUACAAAUAAAUUCAAAAAUCGAUCUCGUGAUUAUAGAGAAAGACUGAACCUUUUAUUUAGGAGAAGUUCCGUGCGACAUGGAUAUAUGGGUACUGAAGUUUUGGCUUUGGAUGGAACUGAAGAUAAAGACUUGGUAGUCCAUUUCAAUAUCCAUAUAAAUCCAUACUACCUGGAGAUUCGAGCUAAAGACUUGGAAAAUAUUUUAUCGAAUGAAAUUGGUUUAGAGGAACCUCUAUACUUUAAAAACCUAACAAUCGAUGUCAAAAGCGUUGAAGUAAAACCAGAAAAUGAACCACCGCAGGUAUCUUCCACUACAGUGAUAUUAGUAACCGAGGCCAUAACAGAAAAACCAGAACCGCCUAGAAGGUGUUUUCCGCUAGAAUUGGAUUAUUGUAAGAAGCUUGGUUAUAACAUCACUACGUAUCCCAAUAUUUUCAGACACUGGAGCAUCAAAGAUGUGAAGAAUGACGUAAUAUCAUUUAGAGAAUUGGUGGACGCAGAAUGCUACAGACAUGCAUACGACUUUAUAUGUCAAGUUCUCCAACCUUCGUGUAAGAAAGGAACCAACGAAGAUGAGAUGAUAUUGCCUUGUAGGAGUUUCUGCAGAGACUUCAUGACUGGAUGCGGAAACCGACUUCAAGGCAAAAUUAAAGAGUUUCUGGAUUGUGCGAGGUUUCCAGAAUUCGGUGAUGGCGGUUGUUCUUCAAAACCUGGUUGCGUAGAAGAACUUCAGUCAAAGGCACUUUCCCCGCGUAUCUGUGAUGGCGUUAUUGAUUGUCAAGACGUUGCCGAUGAGAAAUCGUGUAGUUACUGCCCUAAAAAUCAUCUACACUGCGGGAUCGGUCGCGUCUGUAUUCACAAAUCCAAAAGGUGUGAUGGACAUUCGGACUGCCCUGACGGAAGUGACGAAAGGGGAUGUUUGAGUUUGGCGCCUACACUUGAGUCGUUGAAAAAAGCUGAUAUGGCAACCCCGCAUCCGUUACGAUACUACUCAGAAGGAUUUUUAACAUUUAACGAAAAGGGCGAAGCUGGAAAAUUAUGCACUGAAAGUAUUAAUAAAAGUCUACCACUCAAUCAGUCCAUUUCUGUUUUAGCAGCUGCCGCGACGUCUCUUUGUAAAACAUUAACGUACGAAAACAUGGUUUCAAUGAAGAUCGAAUAUGAUUUUGAAGAAAACGUACCCUAUGUUAGAAUGAGAAAUCCUACAGCCUCUGAGAUUAGUUUCGUAAGAACAAAAUGUCCUUCAAAGCAAGUUCUUAAAGUUACAUGUUCGGAUCUACAAUGUGGAAUAUCCGCAACUCAUAGGCAGAAUGGUCUAAAGACUUUAUCAAAGAUGGCCCAGCACGGCGAUUGGCCUUGGCAUACGACUCUUUUUAAAGAAGACGUCCAUAUAUGUGAUGGUACUCUGGUCUCUCCAGAUUGGGUGGCCACAACAACAUCCUGUUUUCAAGGUCAGCCUAAGGCAGAGUGGACUGCCAGGUUUGGGAUAACCCGACUGUUCAGUUCAACCCCUUGGGAACAAGAGAGAAGAAUUAUCGGCAUGAUAAAAUCCCCUGUAGAAGGUAGUACCAUAGCGCUUAUUAAACUAGACAAGCCUGUAACCUUGAACGACUUUGUAAGGCCCGUAUGUCUUCCUAAGGAGAACAUGGGUUUACCAUCCGAACAAUUGCAGUGCAAUACUUUAGGAUGGACCAGAAACAGAGAACAGCUUCAGAGAGUCCAGGUCAAACUAGUAGAUAAAGAAAAAUGCGAGAAUAUCAGUAUAUCCAGUGUCAACAGUAUCUGUACUGAAGCGUUUUAUGGAGAAAAUGAUUGUAAUGAGGAAGAAUUUGCAGGUAGCCCCAUGAUAUGUCAGUACAAAAAAGAUGAGAGAUGGUUUUUAACAGGAAUCACUAACUGGAGAAUAGCUUGUGCAAAAAAUGGUUCAGAACGCCCUAGAUUAUACGACAAAAUAUCGUCAAACGUUAAAUGGAUUAAAGACACUAUCAGCAAUGACGAAAGAUGA